AGCGCUAGCGUUGAAUGUAUGUUUCGGUGUGGUGCGGAAGUGAUGCGUUAGUGGUGCGGCAAGUUGCGGCAGUGAUGCGGCAAAAUACCUGAGCCCCACAUGACAGGACCGUUCGAUUUCAGACUGCAAAGCAUCAUGGACGGUCUCACUGAUACUAUCAUAGGCCCCUUUCAAUUCUGGUAUUUGAGUGACAUGGCUCACUACAGUCAUCCAAAACCGCGUUGAUCGUCAACGUUAACACUCAAACAAUAUGGCAAACGAUCCCUUGUACAUUCAAAUUUAUUUUUUCAUCAUGUAUGCGACAACUCCGCUUGCAUUUGCGGCCAUACCGCUGCUGCCAAGUGAUUUGAUCACCCUGUGGCAAUUCAUCUUUACUAUAUCUCCUUUGCUUUUUUCCCUCGUCCACACAUGUCGUCAAAGCUUGUCCAGGACUCGGAGUCAUCAGCCAUAUUGGCUCAAGGCAUCUGCUGCUGUCUCAUGCUAUUACAGGUGCGGUGUUUUUCGCUGCCCUAAUCCAAGACUGGCUCGGCCCAAGCUGGCUGGGUGCAGUCCAGGCGCCACUGGUGUACUUGUGUGCAUUUCUCACCACCGCAAUGUUAUACUCUCAUGCAUGCUGGUCAGCCGCAGGGGACAGCAAUGCGCUUGGGUCGCUGGGCGACCUAGCAUGUUUUGUUUUCAGCCUCGUCGUCAUCUGUGAUACACAUCCACAACCUUCUAGCGACCCGACCCGACCCGACCCACACACACUCAGGCUCCUUCAACACUAAACAUGGCUCCCAGUCCCUCGUUCGACGGUGCAGAUCCCAGUACCUCGUUCGACGGCGCGGCUCCCAGUACCUCGUUCGAUGGCACGGCUCC